GAUUUUCCUCAUCGGUUCCUUUUGUAUGCUUCUUAUGACGCAUAUGGGCCACGCGGGCAGUCGGCCCGUGCGUUACAUCGUGAAAUCCACCACUGCCAGCACCAAAAGUCGUAACAAUCCAUCAUAUCACAGAUGGCAAUGUGCUAUUUGCUUCGUAUGCUUGAAAUAUAGAGUACUGCAGUUGCUGGCAGUUUUGAUUCAGUCCACAACAUUCAUGAAUGUCCUCCUCAAUACCGGUCUCCUUACCACGAAUCAACCUUGGGAACACAUACGGAGCAUUCUUGAUUGGGGCUAUCUUUGCAGCACUUCUCUUUGGUCUAACCAACAUUCAAGCCUUUAUUUACUAUCAGACGCAUGCGGGCAGAUGGACAAAAUUCUAUAGGCUAGUUGUCUUCUGGCUUUGGAUACUUGAUGCUUCGCAUCUGGCGUUGAUAGUCCAUUGCGUUUAUUAUUAUUUGGUGACCAACUACGGGAACACGAGUGUACUCACAGAAGUCGUAUGGAGUUUUAAACUUCAGAUAGUAUUCAACGCUAUCAUCUCCUAUGGGAUACAUCUUCUGUAUUCACAUCGCAUAUGGAUAGUCGGAAGAGACCGAUCGAGAAUUUUCCGUAUGAUACCGGGCAUAGUCGUUGUUGUGGGUUUAGGUGUUGCCGUCUCCCUGACUUGGAUAGUGUAUCGCCGCAAUCCGCCCAUAGAUUUAUUUCAAAUUGGGUGGCCAACAUUCAUGGCUUUGGGCACGGCUGCUUCUCUCGAUAUACUUGUUGCAUCAUCGCUAUGUUAUCUCCUCGCUACCUCCCGCACUGGGUUUCCUAAAACGGAUGGCUGGAUCACAAAGCUCAUUGGUUACACCAUUGAUAGCGGCUGUCUAACGAGUAUAUGCUCAAUAACAGCUAUCAUUACGUGUGCAGCGAUGCCACACAACUUCGUUUUCCUCGGCGUUCAAUUUUUAUUGGCUAAACUUUAUGUCAACUCGUACAUCGCACUCCUGAACGCGCGAUACUACAUGCUGUCCAAUACAGACACCGGCAAUUCUUCCGAACAGCAUAUAUGUCUCAGCGACACCCUCAGCACUGGGACGCACGAUGGGCCGCAAGAGAAAUUCCAGACAUAUCGAAGGGGUAUGUUUACUCGUGCCGAACAUGAAGUGGUGCUUCCCACUCGACCUGUUCAGGUUGCCAUGCUACACCGGUCGAUUUUGGUGACGGUGGAGAAGCAGUCUUUUGCGGAUUAGUGUGAAUUGUCUGUUCGUCUGGUCAUGAGGUAGAACCCCCAAAUUCGUUUGCUUCCUGGCGAAUUCAAAGUGCCCGGUUGUACUAGAGAUGAUGGGUUUUCACGCACAUCAUCCCAGGUAUGACUCGAAGUUCUACUAAAUAAUAGGAUGUGACCUCGCGCGCGCCUUCUGUGAGUCGCAGUUUUACUCAUCCGAAAGUCACCAAGCAGCUCUCGAGUUUGCUCCACCGGUAACCGGUAUUAAGACGGUGG